CUGCAUCAGGCAGGCACGAUUCUGGUUGACGGUUUUGUACUUUUUUAGCAAAAACGUCUAUGUCUCUGACUCAUCUUGUUUGAUUGAUAGGAGUGGUUAGCCAAUAGCCAAUGCAAUUCAAUUAAAAUAUAUAAAAACCUCAUUGACUGGGACAAAGAAAGCGAGAAAUAUUAAUAAACAAAGUUGGUUUUACUUUCCCAUUCUUCAAUCAUUCAAGAUAAUUUGCAAGAAGAUCUGCUUGUUAUUGUUGUUUCCUUGACAAAUUUUGCCAGAAAUUAAGACCCUCUAAGGAUAGAAUCAGAAGUACCAGCUUACUGCCACACUUGAUUUCUUUCUUCCUUAAAGGAUCCAAGGUGAUUGAUUUGCUGUUCGUUCAGUUAACCUUCGUGCUUCAACCAGGGAGUAGCUUAUAAUUAUGGAGUUUGUAGAGCCAAUUCUCGAAGCGAUAAAGUGCUUGGGCUAUCCAACCUCUAGAUACAUAGAUCAUCACCGAAAACUUGAAGAAAAUAUGAAUGAUCUUAGAAGAAGAGUGGCUGAAGUAAAUACUCGAAAGCAAGACCUAGAGUUGAGAAAGGAAGCAGAGAUUCGUUGUAGAAAAGUGGUGAAGAAAGAAGUAGAGAACUGGUUUGAAGAUGUACUAAGGGUAAACACUGAAAUGGAAAAGAUUGAAACAAAGUUUCGAGUUGUGUCAUACUUCUCACGUGCUCGCUUAGGAAAACUUGUUUGCCAAAAGAUUGAAGAAGUUGAUAGAAUUUACCAAAAAGGUAGUUUCCCUGAAGGUGUGGCAGUUGAAGGGCCUCCACCCAUUGGGGUGACAUUACCAACAACAAAUUUAGAAGGUGAAAUGGAUGUAAAAGAACAAAUUUGGGAGUAUUUGAUGGGUGAUGAGGUUGGAAUGAUUGGGGUAGGUGGGAUGGGAGGCAUAGGAAAAACUGCCAUCAUGAAACAUAUUAAUAAUCAAUUGUUGAAGCAAAAACUGUUUGAUGCAGUGAUUUGGGUCACUGUAUCCAGAGAAUUCAAUGCUGAAAAAUUACAAGGAGAUAUUGCAUGUGCUUUAGAUUACUGUCUUCCUAAAAAUAAACUGGAAUGGCCAACUGUACUAAUGGAAAUCUUGGAAACAAAGAGAUAUGUGCUGAUCUUAGAUGAUGUUUGGGAACAGUUUUCUCUAUUGGAUGUGGGGAUCCCUGAACCAACAUUACAUAAUGGGAGCAAAUUGAUAAUCACAAGCAGAUUAAUUGAGGUUUGCAAUUCCAUGGGUUGUAAGGUGUUGAAAGUACAGCCUCUUUCGCUGAUGGCAUCCUUGAAGUUAUUUUUGCAUCAGGUGGGGGAUGGUAUUCUACAAGAUCCAGCUUUAAAAGAAAUUGUGACCCUUAUUGUUGAACAAUGUGGAGGUUUACCACUUGCCAUUGUGACUAUAGGCAGUAGCAUGAAAGGGGUGAAUGAUACUUGUGAGUGGAAGAAUGCACUAAAUGAAUUAAAUGAAAGGGUUAAAAGUGUCAAGGGAUUAGAUACCAAAAUAUUUGAGCACCUGAAAUUCAGUUAUGACCGUUUGAAAGAUUCAAAAAUUCAGAAUUGUUUCUUAUAUUGCUCUUUGUAUCCUGAGGAUUAUCACAUUGAAAAGGAGGAGUUGAUUGAAAAAUGGAUAGAUGAGGAACUCAUUGAUGAAUUAGAGACUAGACAGGCCAUGCAUGACAGAGGUCAUUCUAUUUUAAAUAAGCUUGUAAAUAACUGCUUGUUAGAGGGGGUCAUGAUUGAUGGUGUCAAGCUUAAGGAAGGAGUGAAGAUGCAUGAUGUUGUAAGAGACAUGGCGUUGUCUAUUAAAAUAGGUUGUGAUCAAUUUAUGGUAAAAGCUGGUGUGCAAUUGGAGGAGAUACCAACUGAGCAUAAAUGGAAAGAGAAUCUUGAAAAGGUUUCCUUGAUGGAUAAUUUAAUAUCAAAAGUUUCUCAGAUAUCACCAAAAUGCCAUAAUUUGUCAACCUUGUUUUUGCAAAAAAAUCAUAUCCUUGGAGAGAUUUCAGAAUCUUUGUUUGACCACAUGAACGGGCUAAAGGUUCUAGAUCUUUCUCAUACUAUAAUUUUGGAUCUACCCAAUUCCAUUUCUAACUUGGAAAAUCUUGUUUCCCUGAGACUUCGACAUUGUUUCAAUUUAAGAUAUGUGUGUUCGUUAGCGAAGCUUAAAGCCUUGAGAAAGUUGGAUCUUUUUAAUACAGCUAUUAAGGAGGUUCCUCAUGGUAUAGAAAUGUUAACAAACCUUACAUAUCUUGAUCUAUAUUCACGGCAUCUAAAGGAGCUACCAAUUGGAAUACUAUCGAGCUUUCCUAAUCUCCAAUACUCAAAAACUUGGUUGAAUAUAAAAGGAGAGGAAGUAGCCAAACCGAGGAAGCUGGAGAUUCUUUUAGGACUCUUUUGUGAGGUGCAGGACCUUGAGGGAUAUGCCAAAUCUUUAUCGGGUCAAGGGCCAACCAAAUACUGGCUUGGAGUUGGAUCACCUAAGUUUGGCUAUUUUGAUAACCAUACUUGGUUCCGUGAUGUUGAAGAUGUUGAAGUUGAUAAAGAGGUAUGUUUUAUUAAUUGCGAGAUAGGGAACGAAGAUCUUGUGCUGCUCCCAAAUGAUGUUAGGACUCUGACUGUUCAACACUGUCAGAAUCUCAAAAACUUGAGCAAUGUUUCUUUGUUCCAUGAAGCCAAUGCAUUGAAGACAUGUACUAUUAGUUGGUGUGAAGGGAUAGAGUGCGUGGUUGAUUUGGCAUUAUCAUCUUGCAACUCAUUGCAGAACAUUGAGGUUCUAAGUCUUAGAGAUUUGCUGAACUUGCUUGAACUUGUGAGAGGAGUAGCGGUUGUAUCUACAUCUAACACUCCAACACUACCUGCCAUCUUCUCUUCUCUUAAAAAAAUGCAUUUGAUUGGUUGUUCAAGUAUAAAGAAAUUGUUUCCAGUUCAGCUGUUGCAGGGCUUCCAAAACUUGGAGUAUAUUGAAAUUUCUCGUUGUGAAAAACUGGAGAAAAUAAUAGCGGAAGAAGAGGAAGAAAAUCAGAAAGUAGAAGAAAGGGGUCCUAAAACAACAGUAUUUAUUUUACCCAAAUUACAGACGUUGCACUUGAUCAAUUUACCGGAAUUGAAAAGCAUUUGUGGUAGCGGAGUUAUGAUUCCUGCAGAGUCUCUCCAAUAUCUUUCAAUAAUAAAUUGUUCAAAGCUAAAGAAGAUCCCUUUCUCAAUACCCUUGCUUGAAACUGGGCAACCUUCUCGUCCUCCUCUCGAGUAUGGCUACGUUCAUCCAAGAGAAUGGUGGAAAUCAGUGGAAUUUGAUGAUCCUAAUGCUAAGGAUGUCCUUUCACCCAUUGUUUUAGACUCUUUAGAAGAGGCUGAAGAUUAAGAUCCUGAUGAUGGCAAUCAUCGGUGGUACAUUAUCAGAUGGAUGACAAAAUUACUGUGUAAAGGCUUUCAAGGAGAUCUAAAAGCUAGUAAGUUCUGCUUGAUAGUGAGAUGAACCUGAAAUUUUCUGAUUUUGGCAUGGCAAGAACUUUUGGAGGAAACCAGAUUUUUCUUCUCACCAGAGUCCCCCUGAAGCAGAUACCUUCAUGUAGCAAAGAUAGAUCAUCUUCAACAAAUGAAAUAAGUGUAUCACUGUUAGAGGCUCAAUAGAGAGUUGUAUGCUUAAUUACAUCUAUUAUUGAGCUCCAAACUUUCAGUAAGAUUAUGACUGUUGAAAACAAUUAAUGUUUGCUUGGGUCCUUUGAUGUUUAUUGUAAUAGGAGCAUGGUGGAUAAAAGUCAUAUACCAUUAGUGAAUGAUUAUUCAAAUGAAUUUUAAAUAUAACUUACAUGUGGUAGCAAUAUUAUUUAAUU